CAAUCUCUUCUGAAACCUGUGCCGAGYCGCAAGCCAGCAAUACAACAGCAAGGAAGCGGCAAUAAGCGUUCCACAYCACAAUUGCGCAGCGAGCACUGUUCCGUUUUUUUGCGCGUACUCGUACCUUCSUUUCCAUAAAAACGCUCCAGAAGAACAUGCAGCCGCUGUGCCGAAUGCUCUUCGCUCUGUUCGCUGCCGCGGGGACGAUCGGCUUCGRCAAGGGAAAGAGCGGCUGGCUGGCAACCGCGGCACCCGAUGCCCCCAAAGCGACGACGACUSCGAGCAAGAUUGUUCGAGCACGCAUGCCGUUUCUGGAAUCCGGAGACGGCCAUCCAGAACGCCGACGCAAAGGACAACAAAACACAGGGCAGCAACAGCAACAACUCUGGAUGUACGAGGGAGCCCUGUACGAUCCCCUCGAUGGACGCAGGGUGGCCAGCGUACAGGGCCUAGAGCUGGUCCGCCCGCUCGAGGACACRGCCAACCUGGCUAUAGAGUCGGUCCUGAGCCACCCGAACGCUACCUACCAGGACGCCAGGACCCUCUGGUCGCAAAAGAUCUUUUGCUACACCAAACCCACCACCACCGAGGAUAGCGAAAUGAUCMAGAAGGGAAACCAACGGGAAAGUCUCUUGCGCAGCGUUCGWGUUCGGCCCCGUUCUCCACGGAAGGAGGUCCCCAUGGACCAAGCCGUUGCGGUAUACGAGACGGCGACAACCUUUGUCUCCCGUAGCUCCGAAGCCGGUGAUGCCGACGACGAUGSCGAGCUCCUGGUCCACUCCGAGUGGCCAAACGGCCAGACGAUCUGGGGUUCGGCCUCGAAGGGUGCGAGCAACCCCUCCGGGAGCAUGGAGUACACCGUCUUUGCGAAGCUGAGGAACAGGCACAGCCCGCUGUACGCUCCAAACCUGGUCCCAGAYGAGGACGUCGAAAAGUCUCGGACCAGGGACGGAGAAACGAUCGUGUCUCCGAAACGGGCCGCGCUGGUCCAGUUUGGGUCCUCCGACAAGACGAUGGAAUCCAAGCACAAAUACGGGGCCCGGGAAACCUAUUCGUACCGAAACAUUGCCACCCCCGCCCCCGAUACCGGCCGCAACCGGUGGCCGUCCUUUCCCUGGAACCGCCCCGGGGGGAACGAGCACAAGGAUGGGCGGGCGCCCGCAACGAGCGUCCGCUACUCGCGGUACGGGGAGGGCCCCCCGUUCUACGCACCGGGACGAAUGUGCAUGCUCGAGCUCGAGGGCCGGCCGAUACGGGACCUCCGCGAGGCCACCCCCCUGCUCCGGGGCCUGCUGAAAGAGGGGGGUGGGCCCGUCGCCAACUUUCACUACCGGAGCGACACCGGCGGGGGGGCCGAUGCCGCGGGAGGCGGCGAUAGAAACGGCAAGCAACCACCGAAGAAGGCGGGUGGAUCGAUGCCAGCCGAAACGGCCCCGAGCAUCCAGACGGCCUGGAACCGCACGGGAAAGAGCGGCAAAUACGGUGCCAAGCGAAACGGYCCGAGGCGGUCCGUGGGUGCGGGAAAGCUCCUGCUGCGGCUCGAAGCGCCGGAGGACGGUUGCGACGGUUUCGGUGCUUCCCCCUCGACGGGGGGGAGGAGCCUCCGAGCGUGGACCARGCGGGGGAUGCAACGGGCCGAGGGGGUCUGGGACCGCCUCAAGGCGGCCACCUCGAUGGAAGAAAAGUCCUAGGGCGCGGUGAGACGAAAGSCCAKGUCRAUGAGCAAMAAGAAACAAGAUGGGCGUUG